UCCUCUAGAUUUUCAAUGACUGUUUUAUAUAUAUCCUGUAACAUUAGUUUGAAAUCAAAAAGAUUUAGGUUCUUAGCAGAUAGACUGUCGGAAAAGUUUUCAGUCAUUGCCAAAACACCUAUAUCUGGAUAGAUUUGAGUAACAAUAUGUUUUUGGAGAGUUUCUUGGGCUGUGUAUCUAUAACCUAUUCAGCUAGCUUUCAGUAGUUGUGUUCUCCAAGUUUUGAACUCUAAAAGCAUUUAAAGCUUCUGGGAAAAGUAUACUAAAAUAUAUUUUGUUCAGUCAGGACUAACCUUUAUCUUGGUUCAUGAUUCUAUAAUGGUUUACCAUUGAGAAGAACCAUCCUCUUGCGAAAGCAUGACCAUUAACACAUCCUAUAAUUGGAAUUCUGAUUCCCUGCAUCCUCUGGAAAUAUUUAUUGAGUCUACUUAUAAUUCUUCUUCUUUAAUGCUUAGUUAUUAAAUGGCCAAAAUUUGUAUUUAAAACUGUAGAGUUUCUGAACGUAAACUCCAUUAUUUGAGAAUAUUUCUAGAUGAGCAGAGACUGUGAUAAGUACUCGCCCCUUGACAUCCUCCUGUUGUUCAACUUCGUCCAUGGCUUUAUGAAGGUAUGUACAGAAGGUAGAUGUUUGCCUGUUAUGGCUACUGUUUAAGACGAUUAUGUUAAGUUUGUCCUCUUUCACAAGUUCUUAUAGAGUCUUGCUCUUGAUGGUUUUAUCAAUAGCUGCCUUUAGCCUGCUCAUUGUAUAUUAA